AUGGGGAUUAAUACUUCAGGAUGCAAAUAUGAUAGCGUACGUAGAGUAGCUCGUCGUUUCGGCUUGAAAGAAGUUGGCGAAGAUGAAGAUUGGUCGCUCUAUUGGACUGAUAGCUCAAUCGCUCUGGAACGUGUUUUGGAAAUGAAACGAUAUCAGAAAGUAAACCAUUUUCCUGGAAUGAGUGAAAUCUGUCGGAAAGAUUUAUUGGUCCGAAAUAUGAAUAGGCUAUAUAAAUUGUUUCCUGAGGAAUAUAAAAUUUAUCCUCGAUCUUGGUGUUUACCAGCAGAUUACAGCGAUUUAAUGGCUUACUCUAGAAGUAAAAAGAACAAGACUUACAUUAUCAAACCGGAAAAUAGCUGUCAAGGCAAAGGCAUCUAUUUGGUCAAGAAUAUUAAGGAUAUUAAGCCCAAUGAACAUGCAGUCUGUCAGCGUUAUAUCUCAAAGCCGAUGUUACUAGAUAGUUAUAAAUUUGAUCUGCGUGUCUACGUUCUCGUUACGUCUUGUGAUCCAUUAAGAAUAUUCGUCUAUGAAGAUGGUUUAGUUCGUCUAGCUACAACUAAAUAUAUUGAUCCUACUACCAAUAAUGUGGAUAAUACCUAUAUGCAUUUAACUAAUUAUGCCAUCAACAAGAAUAGCAAAGAUUUCAUUCGCGAUGAGGAAUCCGGUAGUAAAAGGAAACUGACAACGUUGAAUAAAUGGUUUAAGAAUAAUGGUUAUGACGUGGAUAAGAUAUGGAAGGAUAUCGAGGAUAUCAUUAUCAAAACUUUAAUUACUGCUCAUCCCAUCCUCGUCCAUAACUACAGAACUUGCUUUCCGAACCAUAAUAAGGGAUGUGCUUGCUUUGAAAUAUUAGGCUUUGACGUAAUCCUGGAUAAGAAAUUAAAACCAUGGCUAUUGGAAGUUAAUCAUUCUCCCAGCUUUCAUACGGAUCAUAAGCUGGAUAAAGAAGUUAAAGAAGGUCUUUUAUACGAAACACUUUGCCUGUUACAAUUAUCAUCAUCGGAUAAACGAAAGUGCAUUGAAGAAGAUAAACGAAAAAUCAAGGAACGUUUAUUCAAAAAGCAAAGCAGCUUUGGAGCCAAGCGAGAAGAAGCUGCCCAAAAUUAUGAAAAACAACAGAAAGUUUCUAAAGACUAUGAAGAUAAAAACUGCGUAGGAUACAGGCGAAUUUAUCCUGAAGGUAAUGUGGAAGAAUAUGAAAAAUAUUUUGUAGAAAGUGGCUCAUUAUUUCAAGAAACUGCUGCUUCACGAUCAAGAAGAGAAUUAGCCAAGUAA